AUGGCCAUGGCUUCAUCAUUACAACAGACGCAGCCGUCGGGCCUGAGCAGCCAUGGCAAGCUCACCAAGUCGCGCAGCCGCAUCGUCGUCAAGCCCAUCCUCAAGCGCCUGCACCACGUCCACUCCCACUCGGAGCGCAACUCGCUGGACCUCAACCGCGGCUGGGACGACCAGCCCGUGGCCACGACGCCCGAGCUCGAGUACAGCUCCUUCGAUUUUGGCUCGCGCGAUCUCGACGACCUGACCAGCGACCGCCGGCUCUACUCCAACUACCCAGCUGCGCCAGCUGCCGGCGCAAAGCUCGUCCGCGACGUCAGCUUCACAGAUGUCGGCCCUGUGGCGCCUGGCCUUGGCCGCGCAAACACCUUUUCUUCUUCUCAUGCGCGCUCAACCAGCGGCAAUUCCGUCUCAGCCACUGCUGCCCGCAUCGGAUCCUUCAUCCACCCUUCAAGGCAGAUGCCCCGGACCUCGACGCCGCCUUUGAACUCGUACGCCAACUCGGUUGUGUCGCUGGACAACGGCCUGACGGGCCAGCAGCGGGAUUUGACAGCUGCCAUCGCCGAGAGCGACAGCGGCGACAACGACGAGCUUGACUUUGACGAGCCGCUGGCCUCGCCCACCUCUCUGCGUCUCUCUCAAUCCGAGUCUAACCCAGCCGGCGCCGCGGCAACAAAGAAGCUCUCAUACUCCUCCAGCCUCAGGUCCAACUCGCCCAACUCAAAACCAACGGCCACUGGCCGCCCAUCUCUGUCCGGAAGCCAGCGCACCAGCUCGGAUGGCCCUUCAGUGAGGGCUGCCACCACUCGCUCCAACUCGGGCCCCUCUGUACAACGUCUCACCCAAGGCGCUGUGAAUCACCAAUCCACUGCAAACGAGGGUGCUUCUGUGCCAUUGCUCAUCUCUACCACGCAGCAAAAGACUGCCUCCAACCCCAUCUGCUCUACAACACCCACAUCCCCUUUCCGCGCUUCUCUAGACAUGAAUGGUUUCCGCCUUCGCUCACGGAGCGAGAUGGACACGUCCACCCGCCAGGAGCAGGUCCGCGAGGCCCGUCGCAAGUUCGAGGCCAAGGAGAAGGAAAAGGAAGAAAAGUAUGCUCGUGAGCAGAUCCUCAAGCGGGAGCGUGCUGCCGCCAAGGAAGCCCACAAGAAUGAGCGGGCGCAGGCUCAGAAGCGAAAGACGAGCUUUGGACACACCAGCACCCUCUCCAGCGCGAGAAACUCGUCCAGCGUCCGCGAAAAGACCGAGUCCGAUCCGCUCAACGGAGGCCAGGCGCAAGAGCCGCAGUUCCAGGCCCCCUCCAGAAGCAAGACGGCCAAGCGCAGGACAAACAGCCUCUGGACCGCCUUCAUGCUUUGGCUGAGAACCCGCCUUCUUAAGCUGGCCAGGCGAUAG